UGAUGUCUAAUAUGCGAUCCCUAAUGUAUGAGCAAUACUCGAAUUCCAUCUCUUCCUGUUCUUCCCUGUACUGCACAUUGGGCUAUGCUUGCUUGUCAUGCUUAACCACGUCCCUUCACUGUGCAGUAGUAACUGAUGUUCAAGAGGGGCACACUUGGCAAAGGAUAGCUUAACUCUCUAAAUUUUUUUUUGAGCACAUUGGCAAUGGCUUCAGUGGCUAUUGCGGGCAGUGGAACUGUGACAUUAGCUCUUUCUCUAAAAAACCCAUCAAAUCCAUCUCUUAGAAGCUCUCUCAACCAUUAUCAGAUGAGUUCUUAUAAACCCAGUUGCCGUGGUCUGUGCUUUUCAAAUGCCAGCAUUGUUGGAGUAUCUUUGCCCAAACUAUGUUUACCCCUCCCCAUAUUGAAGAACAGAACAAGAACGGGCACAGGAGUUGCUAGAUGCAGUAUAUCUUCAUCCAGACCAGCUUCACAGCCUCGGUUUAUUCAACACAAACAAGAAGCAUUUUGGUUUUAUAGAUUCCUUUCCAUCAUAUAUGACCAUGUUAUUAAUCCUGGUCACUGGACAGAAGACAUGAGGGAUGAUGCUCUUGAGCCUGCAGAUCUUUGGAGCAGAGACAUGGUUGUUGUCGAUGUUGGAGGUGGCACUGGAUUUACAACAUUGGGUAUUGUUAAGCAUGUUGAUGCAAAGAAUGUAACCAUUUUGGACCAGUCUCCACAUCAACUCGCCAAAGCCAAACAAAAGGAGCCCCUCAAGGAAUGUAAAAUCUUGGAGGGCGAUGCAGAGGAUCUCCCAUUUCCUACAGAUUAUGCAGAUAGAUAUAUAUCUGCUGGAAGCAUAGAGUAUUGGCCAGAUCCCCAGAGGGGAAUCAAAGAAGCCUACAGAGUUUUGAAGCUGGGUGGAAAAGCAUGCCUGAUUGGUCCAGUGUAUCCAACAUUCUGGCUAUCUCGCUUCUUUGCAGACAUGUGGAUGUUAUUCCCAAAGGAGGAGGAAUAUAUUGAAUGGUUCCAUAAAGCAGGUUUUAAAGACGUCAAGUUAAAGAGAAUUGGACCAAAGUGGUACAGGGGUGUCCGUAGGCAUGGCUUGAUUAUGGGAUGUUCUGUCACAGGUGUAAAACCGGCUUCUGGUGAUUCUCCUUUGCAGCUUGGACCCAAAGCCGAGGAUGUCAAGCAGCCUUUUAAUCUCUGUGUGUUUCUCAUGAGAUUUGUUAUAGGAGGCAUUGCAUCAACAUACUUUGUCUUAGUUCCAAUUUAUAUGUGGAUAAAAGAUAAAUUAGUUCCAAAAGGUCAACCUAUUUGAAGUUCUGUUGCCAUCCUGAAAUCAUAUUGGCAUGAUGUCGGCAUGUAGUAGAUAGCAAGGUAGUUGAGGUGAUCGUGCCAAUAAUGUCAGAUAUAUAUUGUGGCAAAAUUAUCUAUUUCCUAGGAAUGACAAAAAUAGCUCUUAGUUUGGGAACUAAACCUAUUUGAGGCAACAAGUCCUCCUGAUUGGAAUUACCAUUUCAAUCUAUGGAUUGAAACAUUGCAGAUAUACAGAGCACUUUCAACUCCUCAUUAUAGAUGUUUUUAAUGCAUGAAUUUUCUUGUAAAUGUGACUGAAUCAUGAAGCUUCGUUUCCUAUUAUCUGCUGAGGCUUAUUGCAGAUUUAACAUUUUUGAUAAUAUGAUAUGGUUAUUGGAGGGGUUGGCUAAGUGUUUUUACUGUUAUCAGCAACUCCAAAUUAUAUCUAUCGUCACAAAGAUUUCUGAUUUCUAGGAGGGCCCACAUGCAAAGUCAUAAGACCUGACAACUUUAAUUGGUCUACGGAGGUUUCAUUUUUUCAAUAAAGAGCAUUCAUGAAUUUGUGUUUUA